AUGGCGCCGACAAACGGAACAGAGCAAAAAGCUGGGUUGAAGAUCUUGAUUGUCGGAGCUGGUAUAGGUGGUCUGACAGCGGCAAUUGCUCUUCGAAAACAAGGUCACCAUGUACAAAUUUUUGAGCAGUCGAGGUUUGCUACUGAGACUGGAGCCGCGCUUCACCUUGCUCCUAAUGCGAAUGGUAUCCUAAGAAGACUGGGACUGUUUCCAGAAGACUUUGGGGCAAAUCCAACUCAAAGAACUACCGAGUACACUGCAGGCGGCCACCAGUUGCACACACAUUCCGUCGAAGAAGCCAACACACGAUGGCAACAUCCAUGGCAAUUGGCGCAUCGUAUCGAGUUACACGACGCUCUCAAAAGAGCCGUCUCAACACCCACCUCUGAUGGUAAAGCAUCCAUUGAAUUCAAAACCUCUAGCCGCGUCGAGAGAGUCGAUCCAUAUAAUGCAACCAUCACUUUUGCCGACGGAACCCAAAUUCAAGGAGAUUUGAUUGUCGGCGCUGAUGGAGUUCAUUCGAUUUCGAGAUCCGCCUUACCAAACUGCGAGCACAUUAAGCCCUUCCCUAGCGGCAAAAGCGCGUUCCGCUUUCUACUCCCCAGACAGAAAGCGCUAGAUGACCCGGAAACGGCAGCAUUGGUUCAGCAUACUGGUGAACUAAGUAUGUGGUUUGGUGUCGAUCGUCGAAUCGUCAUGUAUCCGACGUCGAACAAUAGUAUACUCAACUUCGUAAACAUCCACCCCGAUGAAGAGUCGGCGAGCGAAACAGCUGGAUCGGAUACUUGGGAUCAAUCCGUGAAUCUCGACAAGAUGCUCAAGAUCUUCUCGUCUUUCAGCCCCUCCAUGGUGAAAUUACUGUCUAAGGCAGAACCCGAGAGCGUCCGUGUCUGGAAGUUACUAGACAUGGAUAUUCUGCCCAAAUUCAAUGAAAGUCGAUUGGCCCUAAUUGGUGAUGCAGCUCAUCCAUUUUUGCCUCAUCAGGGUCAGGGUGCGGCUGUUGCUAUAGAGGACGCAGCUGCUUUGGCUGUAGUCUUGUCUCUAGACACGACUACCGAUGAAAUCGAGGAUCGACUAGAAUUGUACAACGAGAUUCGAUACACUAGGGCAACCAAAAUCCAGUCAUUUUCCAGACUUGUGGGUAAAGACCUCAAGCCAGGCGAUGAAAAGCCUAACAUAUGGGAUUUCCAAAACUACAACUUCGGCCACGAUGAGUGGGAUAAUUCGACUCAAAAACUUCGAGAAUGGACAUGGAAACGUAACAAAAACGCUUACUGGCGUAUGCCAAUUGCCUUUGGACCUAUGCCCGGACCGCGACAAACACACUUCGGCGUUGCACAAAAUAGUCAAAAGUCGACUUUCAGCACCGCUUCAAUUAAAUUUAAAACCUCGAGGACCCUCUUGGAGGCCUUAUUCCCGCCCAUGCGCAGUGGCUGGCGCUUUAGCGUCCAUGACACCGUGGCGUACGCAACUUUCUCACAAACAACCCUCAACAAGCUAGAUUGGCUGGGUGGGUCUGGUUACAAUCACAUUGGCUUGUACAUCCAUGGGGUCGAAUAUACUCGCGAAGACGGCUCAGCUGUCAAAGGAGCUUACCUUCCCGUCCUGUUCGAGUCGUUGACAGAUCCUAUCAUCUCCGGCCGAGAAGAGCUAGGUAUGCCCAAGAUCUACUCUACGAUUGACAUCUACCGUCGCAAUACGUCCUACCGUGUCAGAACAGGCUGGGAGGGCGCUUUGUGGGGAGACUUCUUGCUACAAGGUCUGGAGGAGGUUGACUCUUCAUCCUUAACCGAAGAAAAGCCAGCGGAAGAAGCCCUUCUUACAUACAAGUACUUACCUACCACUGGGCCCGAGAACAAGGGCAAGGCUGUUGAAGAAUAUACUGUCCUAUAUGACGCAAUUACCGAUGAGACCAAAGCUAAGGUCCACAAGACAUACAAGGCUCAGAAGGCCAGCUUUGCGAUUGACCCAUUGGAUUGGGAACAGUUACCCACUUUACACCAUGUAAUUAGUCGAUUGGCCGAGCUUCCUAUAUACGAUAUUGUCGAGGCAAAGAUUGUUGAAGGUGAGGGGGUGCCGGAUCUUGCAGGAGCUCGCCCGAUUGUCUAG